UCCCAGUGAAUUAGGUUGCUGCUGGCCGUUGUUCUGUAGCUGUGUGUGUACUGUCACACCAUGUUGCGGCUCCGUUGUAAAAGCCGGGAGGGCACUCAUCUGCUGCAAGGCCUUAAUGAUGUUUCCAGUAUCCGAGAAUUACAGGAGCGCAUUGCUGCUCUGACAGGCAUCUCGGGGCCGAUGCAGCGAGUCAUGGUGGGGUUUCCUCCGGAGACCCUGGACCUCAGCAAUGGGGAGGCCACCCUCAGAGACCUUCCCAUUAAAUCUGGUGACACACUCAUUGUGGAGGAAGAUAAAAAUAGACAAAACACUGCACCAUCACCUGCCUCAAAACAGUGUAUCAACAGCCAAACUGAAUCAACAUCUCCAAUUAUUGCACGACGAGUAGUUCCUGCUGACAACUCCUGCCUCUUCACCAGCAUUUACUAUGUGGUGGAGGGUGGUGUGUAUGAUCCAGCCUGCGCUCCAGAAAUGCGUAAUCUCAUUGCAGAGAUUGUGUCCAGUGAUCCAACAUGUUACUCCGAAGCUGUGUUAGGAAAAAGCAACGAAGAAUACUGUGCAUGGAUCAGACGUGAAGAUACAUGGGGAGGAGCCAUAGAAGUUUCCAUCCUGUCUAAAUUUUACCAAUGUGAAAUUUGUGUAGUAGAUACCCAGACAGUGAGGAUAGACAGAUUUGGAGAAGAUGCAGGUUAUACCAGACGGGUUAUGUUGAUAUAUGAUGGGAUUCACUAUGAUCCCUUGCAAAGGCAGUUUCCAGAUCCAGAUAUGCCUCCCAUGACCGUUUUUUCCACCUCAGAUGAUCCAGCCCUUGUCCAAGCUUUGGAGCUUGCAGAAGAUGCUAGGAGGAAGAGGCAGUUUACAGAUGUGAACCGCUUUGCACUGCGUUGCAUAGUGUGCCAGAAAGGGCUAACUGGGCAAUCUGCAGCAAGGGAUCAUGCUAAGGAGACUGGGCACACUAAUUUUGGAGAGGUGUAGUCAACCACCCUUUCAACAUGGUCCAAUAAAUUGGUGUCCACUACCUCAGAUGCUUUUACCUGGGCCUAGGUCAAGCUGUCUAAAUGCAUUAUUUCUCUUCUUGGCCAAAGCAAAGCAACUCGUUAAUGCUUUAAAGUUGCAGGAAAAUUUAGAGCUUAGCUUAUACCACCAACUGAUCCUCACCUUUCUCCUUUCAGCAAGGCCUGCCAAACUGCUUAAUACAGGCAAAUGAGUAAACCUUUUAUAGUUCUUGCUUAGAUAAUUGUACUUUACGUAUUAAUAAUUAGGACCACCCACUUUUCUUGCACACACUAUCUGAAGUAUAGAUAUAUUCAUAAAGUUUACCACAGGUCUUUAUUUGUUCAAUUACACCUGCUAUACUAUUACAAGGUAUUACAGAACUUAAGUGAAUCUGUAGUUCAACAAAUCAGACUGCUUCACUGAAGUGUUUUUGGUUAAAGACUAAAUACUACCACCUAGACCAGUGAUUCAUAAACCAGGGUGUAAAGACUCUGUGGUGUCACUGCUCUCAUCUGUCACACAGAAUUGAGAUUGAAAAUAUUUCAAUUUGCUCAUAGCAUACACACCAUAAUAGUUUAGAGGCGCAUUGUAAAAUAUUAAAGGAGCAUUCCAGAGUAAAAAAAAUUCUGGCACUGUUAAAGGGACAUAUAAUAAUUUCUUGAUAUAUGCAUAGUAUAUAAGCAAUUAAAUUAUUUUUAAAAAGUUAGGAAAUUUUCCAUUGUUCUGAAGUUCAGGGCAUACAUUUAAGAAUAUUUUAUCCACUGCUGAGGGCAAGUAGGUACAGAUAUAAAUGAGCUACUACAGUGAUCAAACAAAAACUGUGUAGAACGUAGCAGGGUUAAGCUUUUAAAAUGUGGAGUAUGCACUUCCAACUCUUGUGAGAAUGGGAAAUUCCACACAUUUUAGAAUUAAAUUACACAAAAAGGUUUAGAUUAAAUGAAGUGUGUGUAUAUGUAUGUUUGUUAUAUAGUAUUGUUAUCUGUUGACAUUAUAGUGGAGGGACAUUAAACGCUAAACAAAUGCUAAAUAGAAAAAUAAGUAUACAGUUUUAGUGUCUAAAACAAUGGUAGCUGCCAUGUUGCAACUUAGGUUACCUUCUCUGCUGUGGCCAAUUAGGGACAGUUAUAAAUAGGUCACUCGAGUGUGCAGCCAAUGGCUGUGUGGAAUAUAAGUGUUCUGCACUUCUAUUUCUAACAGAAAAGCUUGCAAUUUCCAAUUGGAAUUACAGGAAAGGGGGACAAAAUAAAUAAUUCCACACAUAGAUUUAGAUGUGUGUUUGAUCAUUUUAUAUUAUAAUUUCAAAGUGUUUAAUAUCCCUUAAAAGUGUUUUUCUGUUUAUUGCGUGUUAGAGUAUUUUGAAAUAUGAAAAAUAUUUUAGAAUACUUAAAUUUUAUUUACACAUUAUUUAAAAUUAAACUUUGAUCCUUGAGAGUGUACAAGUAUGAAUUUCCUGUUAAUUUCAGUAUUAAUUUAAACCGCUUUAAUCUAACUUUUUAUCUAAAAAUAUAAUAGGUUUUAUCUUAAUGUUGCAUUAAAGGGAUGUUGCAUAGAUUUUAAAAAAGUGGAUCAGUCGUGUGCCCAAGCAGCAAAGGCUACAAAUCACUUAACUAGAUGGAAUGCUUUUCUUGACAAAUGCGUGUGCAUCUGAUUUUGCAUAUUAAGAGUUUCAAACCAUGGCUUUACCAGGGAGUUAGACAAUGCUCAGCAUUAAAUUAUACUUUAUAUCAUUUAAAUUUAUCGUUACAAAUUAUCACUUCAUGGAAACAUCAUUUUUUUUUUUCUCCAUAUAGUAGUUUAUUGCAAAAACACUUCUAAUUGCAUUUAUGUCUUUCAAAAAUAAUCCAUAAAAGUUAUGUUUAUAAUGGGGAGGCAAAACCUAUGUAAUGUUUUAAACAUGCCCUUUUAUAAACCUUAAAAAUGUGAUAUUAGGCCCAUUCCAUGAGCGAGAGAUAUGUAUACACUUUGCAAUUUGCACCUGGGUAUUUACAGAGUAAAUUGCACCCACUUUUUAAGUGGUUUACUUUAUACAACACAAAGAUAUAUAUUUUCUUUUCCAUGCUUUAAAGAGUUCUAUUAUUUUUAAGUAGGUUUCUGUCACAGAGAUCUAAAUACUGUGAAUUAUAGUUUGCUCUGGCCACGAAGAGGUUUUUGUUUUGUUUUUUUAGCUUGCAGUAUUUACACUAACUUUGUUACUCUUUUGUAGCUUCAAAAGAAAUCUAAAUAAAUUAUAAUUCUGCCAAUUCCUUAAUAAGAAGUGUAGCAGGUUCCUUCAACAUCAGAAACUGCUACAUUAUGGAAAGUUCAAGAAACACAGUGGCUUAGAUUUAUUGCAGUUUUAACAAAUCAUACGUGUACUUUUUUAAUUUUAUUUUUUUAGCUACUACCUGGUAGUGAAUCUUACAACUUCAUUAGUCUCAAUGAUAAUGCCUUCUAUUCAUUAUACCAUUUAUUAGAUGACUCAACCUGCAUCUGCAAAUCAAGCCUGAACAUAUGAUGUUCCUUUAGAGAGACGAUUUCCCAAUCUCCUAACCAUUGCUUGAAAAUUUUCUUUGCAUGAAAAAUAUUUUGGACUCCAGUUUCCAUUAUAUGUGAAACUGCAAUCAUUAAAUUAUUCAGUGGAGAAAAGCGGAGUAGUUGCUCUUUAUUGGUUAUAGCAUCAAGCUAUAAAUAUCCCUUAGCGGAUCAUCUCCCAGUGACGAUUCUAGUUGCUGCAUCCAACAAACCAUAUGGACUACUAUUUUAAUGUAUUUACAACAACAAAAUGAGACAACAUUGAAGACUUUUCUAACCAGAAUAUGCACCACAAAGCCUGUAUUUAAUUGUUAUUUAUUCAUUUUCAUUGAGUACAUCUGUCUCAUCGCUUGUACAUGAAAGUACUGUUUUUUUACAUUGUUUAUCAAAUCCAUCGCUGCUAAUAUCCAUCUUCUGUAGUAUUCGUGGUGCAGUAUUUUUAAAAACUGCUUCACAGCAGGAUAUGAGCCUUAAUAAAGCUGCAUUAGACUCCAAACAGAAUAUCAUCAGUCACUUCAAAGUGGAACAGAAAAAUAAGUGUUGAAAUAUGGCAGUCAGACCAUAUCCUCUACUGCGUGCCUAUGGGUGUAGCGGUUUGAUGCACAUUUAUGUUUUUAAUGCUGUUUAUAUUUUUGUUAUUACAUGCCGUGCUGGAGAAGUUACAAAGUUUCAGAACAAGUUUUUAAGUUUGAAUCAUUUGUUUAUAUUUCUAUUGUUAAUGUUUCAUUUUGAAAAUAUCAGGUAGCAAUUUUAUCAAUUUAGCUAGGUGGUGUGUUAGAUUAAAGGGAUACUAAACCCUAUUUUUUUUCUUUUCUUUCACUAUUCAAAUAGAGCAUACAAUUUUAAGCAACUUUCUAAUUAACUCCUAUUAAAUUUUCCUCGUUCUCUUGCUAUCUUUAUUUGAAAAGCAGGAAUUUAAAGCUUAGGUGCUGGCCCAUUUUAGGUUCAGCACCCUGGAUAGCACUUGCUUGAUUGGUGGUUACAUUUAACCACCAAUCGGCAAGCGCCACCCAGGUGCUGAUUCAAAAAUGGGCCGGCUCCUAAGUUUUGCUUAUCAAUUUUUCUUCGUUCUUUUACUAUCUCUUUAUUUGAAAAUAGGAGUAAAUUAGAAAGUUGCUUAAAAUUGCUAUCUGACUCAUGAAAGAAAAAGAUAGGGUUUAGUAUCCCUUCAAGACUAAUUUUAUUAGCUUUCCACUGUUUUUUUAAGAGACAAUUGUAAUUGUCUAGCACUUGUGCUUUGUCACAUCCAGCAAUUGAACAGUUUGUGUUACUACAAAAAACAAAAUAUUUAUAAGAAUAAAUAAAAUAAAAAAAUCAUGGGAAUUUGAGGCCUAAAAUGUAGCUGUAUAUGUUAAAUCCUAAUGAAGUUGUUUUCUUUUUGAUAAGUUGAGUAUAGUACUAGAACAUGUCUUUUUAUUAAAGGCCCCAUAUUUUCACAAAAACCUUGCUUGAUCAUGGAUUCUGGGAUAAAAUCUAAUUUACUCGAAUAUAUUACUGUAUGAACAUUUUAUUAAAAAAAAAUAACACUAAGUGGAAGGCAAUUUCUAUCAGCAGAAAUACAACUUUAAUUGGUAUUUCCACUGAUAGAUAUCCAGUGCCUAAUGAUUUAUAGGAAGUAUUUAAAUAAGUUAAAAAUGUUAUGUAAAUGGAUAAUGCUGCCUACAAAUGGUGCUUAUUAAUGUUACAGCUUAAACCUCUUGCCUUUAACUGUUGUAUUCACACUAAACCCAAUUGUAAUCUGUUGCUACAAGCAGUAUUACUGUCCUGUUUAAAUAAGCUAUAUUUAUUGAGGAUCUUUUUUUUUUUUUUUUGUUACACUUGUUUUAGACUCUUAUAUGACUGGCACAUUUCAUGAAAGUUUGGCUCCCUUAUUUCAUUCACCAAAUAUCCCAAUCAGGUUUUAAGAGACAUUCAAUUAAAAAUGUGAUUUCCCGUAAACUGUUUAAUUAUGCAUUGUGAUAAUACUCUGCAUUGCCUAUUAAUUAUAUAUGUAAUUUAAAUCUUUAAAAUUGUAUUUUUUUUUUCCCAACUACCCCCAAAGACGCUAGCAUUACGCAAGUGGAUAUUUAAAAGCCCGACCCAUCUAUGCACUGAAUAAACAUUGCUUGAUAUAUGUAGCAACUCAUUUCUGUGUCCCUACUUGGCCACAGCAAAACAGAUGAGCUGAACAUGAAAGUUCUUUUUGGGGGGGUAUGUUUGUGGGCUACCAACCAAUACAAAUUUAGCAUUGAUUAAAUACUUUAAAAUAUUUGUUUUGUAUGGACAUAGUUUUGCAAAGUACAGUGUAAUUGAUGGGUAUAUAAAACAAUGACCCAAUGUCCUCCUUGAUGGCAAACACAGGGGAUAGAUUCAGACUGAAGUAAGGGGCUCUUAAACUGAGAAAUGUAUUACUUUACUUUCUGAGAGUAGGUUACAGAUCUAGAAGUGUUUAGAAAAAUCUGUUUGUCAAUUGCCUUCAUGUUAUAGGUAGGUUUAUGUGCCUGUUGUCAUUAUUAUUAGUUGGUAUAUCCUCUAUUUUGUUCACAAUUCCUUUCUGGUUUUACUAGUUGCAGUUUUGUGUGGUUGUGUGUGAUGCUCAUCUCGUAUCUAAUCAGUACCAGUUGUUUAGCAAGUUAGAAAAGUAUAUAAAUUACUGCAGAAUAUUAAAAGCUUUUCUUGCUUAAAAUGUUAAAAUGAUGCAUUUUAAGUGAUGAUAAAAUGUGCAUGCAGCUAAAAUAAAGUUACCAGCCAUUUUAUUUAGGAAACUUCAUAUAUAUAUUUUUUUAUUCUAAUUUUAUAUCCCUGUAAUAUAUACAGUAUUAUAUCUCCCAGCUGCUUUUAAUGGAUUUACUACACAAAGAAAGCAGAAAUUAAUUAGCUUAAAAUAAAACAGACAUCUUUGAACUAGAUGUUGUAUGAGCUUACUGGGACAUGAAACCCACAUUUUUUUCUUUCAUAAUUCGGAUGGAGCGUACAAUUUUUCAAUUUAUUUCUGUUUAAUUUGUUCUCUUUGUAGCCUUUGUUGAAAAGUAUAUCUAGGUAGGCUCAGAAGCUGCAGAUUGGUGGCUGCACAUAUAUGCCGCAUGUCAUCGGCUUUUUAACUAUCUCCCAAUUUUGAUGCUAAAGUGCCCGGUUUUUAAAAAUUUGAUUAAAACAGGGGGACUUUAAUUCAUCAAAAUUUACAUUUCACUUGUGUUGUGAAAAAAAUACUUACCUUUUAAUCUUGACAGCAGCUCCAGCUUCCUCCGGUCGUUGCAAGCCAUAUCUGACGUCAGAAAUGAUGGAUAGGUCAUCCUCCAAUCACGGCUUUCCCCCCCCCCCCCCCCGGGGUGAAUCAGUGUCUGAUUUAACGCCGUGAUUGGAGGAAGCUGGAUUCCUCAUUUUAGGCCCAGGAAGAGGCUUUGCGACGGGUGGAGGAAGCUGGAGCUGCUAUCACAUUUAAAAGGUAAGUUGUUUCUUUGUUUUUUUUUCACAACAGGAGUGAAAUUUAAAUGUUGAUGAAUUAAAGUGCCCCUGUUUUUAAUCAAAUUUUUAAAAACCGGGCACUUUAGCAUCAAAAUUGACAUUCACUUUAAAUAGUACUCUGUGUGAACCAAGAAAUAUACAUUUGGGAUUUCAUGUCCCUUUAGGUACAUGUAUGCCAUCUUUUAAUACGUAUUGUUAAAGGGACAGUCAACAUUAUUAAAGAUUUCAGCACUCAAAUACUUGCUAUAAAUUAUGUACAAUUGCUCUUUAGAUAGAUAUAUACACAUAAAGUGUUUAUACCUUCAAAGUUGCCCUGCAGUGGCUUGUUUCGGGUGCCCGAUGUAUGCUGCUUUUUUAUUUAAAAUAGUAUUAUGUGUUUCUGCUAAUCCAAAGGUAAAAAUUCAUGCUAAGCUUGCAUUUAGCUGCACGCUCACACAGACAGAGCUGCCUCACAGAAAACAAAUAUGGCAGGUGGGUAAUUUCUGUGCACAUUUCAGUAAUUAAAGAGCAAUUGUAUAUUAUUUAUAGUAAUGAUUCAGGGGGUAACUACCAUUGGUCAAGCAAAUGCAGUGGCACCAGGGCCUGUGUCUAUACAUGGGUGUGUGCAGAAUGUAUACAAUCCUGAUGAUUCAGGGGAGGCUUAUUUUUCCAGGUUGCAGAUCUAAAUAAAAUAAAGUAUGGGGUCCCUUUAAAUAAACUUAAGGACCUUAAAGUGAAUGUAAAGUUUAAUGAAUAAGUGCCCGUUUUUUUUAAAAAUACUCUUAAAAAGGGGCAGCCGGAUUAAGAGUAUGUUUAAAAACCGGGCACUUAUUCAUUAAACUUUACAUUCACUUAAAGAAACAUUUAUUAAUCUCAAGUCAUUCAGUAAAAAAUCAGAUAACUCAAUGCAGCUUUAUUUUAAGAUAGCUUAAAGGGGCAGUAAACUUACACGUUAUAUAAUUCUGCACAUAGUGCAGAAUUAUAUAACAUUGGCUUACCGGCACAUUUCUACUUUAAGGAAUUGCAGAGAAAUUGUAUCUAAAACCUCUUAUUACCAAAACGCCACUCCUUGCUCUACUGAGCGGGUCUGGAUUUUACACAGCGCAUCUCUGCAACACUGUGUGCCUGGUCGCGCCAUUAAAAUGAAUGUAGCUCGCUGCCGCUCUGUGUGCCUAUAAAUCAGGAAAGCUAACAAAGGUACAACAGAGUAUCAGGUAGAUAUGUCAGACCUGGGUGAUUGUGACUCUUUAGAUUAACCAAUGAAAAUUUCAAAAUGGAAAAGCUGUUAACCCUAUUUUAGCUGUAUAUAUGUUGCAAUUAUAGGUACAUAUUGUUUGCUGUAAACAUAGUUGUUAUAAUUUUCUAGUUUACUUUCCAAUGAUCCCUAUAAAAUGACAUUACAUAUGCAAUUUUAUAACCUGUUUAAUGCCACAAGGGCCUGAAAUAUUGAUGUUAAUUAAUUAUUUUUUUUAAGUACUCAUACUAGAGUCUUAAUACUCUACCAUAACAUUGCCAAAGGUGCUGCUGGAGUCUGGAACUGCUUGACAAUGACUUAUGUUUGAGUUGUGAUUUUUUUUUAAUUUAUUUAAAGCUACAGAUAAAAAUAAAUAAAAAUGAUAAGCUGUGUUUUUUUUUUUUUGGCUUUUUAUUUAAAUAAAAUGAAUUUAAGUCCGU